AUGAUUUAAAAGAAAUUUUUUAUGUGUUAAAAAAUGGAACAUGAAGGGGAAGAUAUUAAAGGUUGUUGUUUAAAUUUGAGUUGCUAAGAUUAAAGAUCUUAGUUUUGUCUUAAAAAUGCAACGAUUGAUCCUGUGAAACAUACUAAUUUUAAGAAAGAUUUAAAAGGAUUUGGUUAAAUUUAAAGUUUUAUCACCAAAUUCAAUUAGUAUAUGUGUGAAUUAACAAAUUAAUUGAAUGAAUCCUUUGGAUAAGUCAAAAUAAAAUAUGAAGAAUCAUCAAAAUAAUUGGAUAACUUGAAAGAAUAAUUAUUUAAGUUAUCUGAUUGUUGA